AUGGAGGGUUCCGGGACCGACGGCAGAAAGCAAGCAGCCGGGUCGAAUGACCGUGCCUCAAAUGCCUCCCUCGUUGACCAGCUCGAUGUCAGCGCACCUCGCAGAAGCAAACGCAAGCCGAGCUCCCGCCCGCCCAAGUUUUUGAAUGCUAUGGACCGUCGAACGGAAAAUGGCAUGAUCGUCCCAGCGCCGCCUCCUGUCAUUCGUACUGAGGAGAAUGACCCGACGCCCUCUCUUCCUUCUGUGGUUGCCGCUGUCCAGCGAAAGAAUCAUCACAAAACGAAGCUUCCGCCGAAGAAAAAGCAGAGACUCGACACGACCCAGCAGACACAGCCGCCUCCACCAAUUAAGCCUAAGGCCGCUUCCAAGCGAGAUCCAAAGCUCCCCGAGACUCCUGCGCAGGCGGAGAAGUGGGAUAAGAUGUUGUGGGAAAAGAAGCUCGAAGGCAAGGGUUGGAGGGAGAUCGCCGAGGAAUGGGAACGGUUGACAGACACAACGACCGAGAUAACGGACCAAAUCAAGGAAAGCGACGCCAUUAUCAAGCGGCGUCAGCUCAUCGAUCGACUCGCUGUCCGCUUCGUCAUGCUCAAGGAGAACUAUGCGGCGUCCGGCACCAUGGAAGCAAGUUGUCCCUCCUCUCUUACUCCCUUAAUGUUAAUAACACUCCGUGCGCAGCUCCCCGAUUCAUACUACGAAGCCCAUCCCCAUGAUCUGAAGUACCAGUACAUAUCUAACCGAAAGCGACAGGAUGUCAAGCUGAUCCGGAUCAUGGACAAGACCAAGGCGCAGCUAGACGAAAAGUUGUGGGAGACUUUCUGUCGCAACUACAAGGAGGACGAAGGCCUUGAGAUCUCAGUGACUGAAGCGCGUAGACGUUACGAAGCUCUCAUCAAUGGUGUCAGGAAAUUGAAGCCCACUGCGAGUGAGGAAAAGGACAUGAUCAAGGUCAAAAAGGAGAUUCGACGGGAACCUGUUGCGAUCAAGCACGAGGACGAUGACUGA